AUUUAUGAGAUACGAUUAAGUGAUCUAUAGUCACCAGAGAGAAGAGUUUAUUAUACUACGUUCGCAACAGGAACAAGUCACAUUUCACGCACUCUCUUUGUCACACACGUCUGUCUCUCUCUCUCUCCCCCUAUAUGUAUACAUAUACACACUUAUAUAUACAUAUAUACGUGUAGCAUACGUAUAUUGCGGGGAAGAUUGCACACACGGAGCCUCUCUUUUGCCCGAUAAAAAGAGAAGAAACACCGAGGCUGCGAUUAAUCUCCAAGCAUUUGGACGCGCCGGAGGGGAUCCCUGUCCCUGGUGUUGUCGAGAGAUUUUAUCUGGAGACUCUCCUGUUGAUAACGGUACCUUCUCCCCACCUCCCUUAACAAACCCACCCGGCAACCGAACAACCACGCUUCCCUCCGACCCCACCCCAAACCCCACCAGCACUUUCAAUCGAUUCUACCAACCAGGACAGCGAAGUACCUGCAGACAUUUAUAAUAAUAAUUUAUAUUAUAAUAAACCGACACACCGGAAUAUUAAUAACAAGAAGGUAGUGAUAAACAACUAAAGGCGCAAAGAGAAUAGAAGAAGAAUAGAAGAAUAAUUAAUAAUAAGGGAAAAUAUAUAUUACGCGUAUAUGGUGUGAGAGGAAGAAGGGAAGGUGCGAAGACAAACGAAGGAUCCGUACAACCGAAGUGUGAACGCUUAAUAAUACUAGACGCCGAUACGGUUAGAGUACUUCUACAUCUGCGGUUAAAAUCUACUCAGCGAUCGCGGCAGGCCUGUUCUACAUAUACGAUCAAGAUACCUCAAGCCAGCAACCGUCGACGACUCGACCCCGACCAUUAUGCAUCAGCAGCCAAGGUACGAGGCGCGUGUCAAGAUGCGGUAGACGUGGACUCCACUCCCUUUUGGCCCCACCCGUGACCCGACGAGCACAAGUCUACGGAAACAGUCGGACGAGUCGCGGCCGUUUGUAAUACAGAGUCUAAGUGCGCAUAAUAGCCAUAGAAGAAGAAUAAUACAAACCGACGGAUUAACCAGGGAGGGAUACCCAUAGCGACACAGACCAGAAGACCUCUAGGUAUCAUUCAAGAACGAUUAGAGGAUCGAGCACUUGGCUGAAGCCGUAUAACCAGUGAUUGUUACAAUUCCCGUGGAUAGUAUCAUCCCUUGGGUCUGCUCGGUGGAAACCACUGCCUAUCGUGGAAUAAAUCGCAAGGGAAAGGACCGAGACACCCUUUCCAAGAGAGAAAGACGACACGGGCCCAGAAAGCUUCGGUGUCAAGCUACCUAGGGAGACCCCAACUAAGGAGGGGAGCCAGGAUUGGGAAGAGGGUUCCGAAGGAAGAAAGGUGAACCGAGUGGUGAGCCUAGGACCCGUCACGGUGGCCAGCUUAGUGAGCGGCAACGUAGCGGUGCGUUACGAUGAGGCGUCGGGAGUGGUUGGCACCGGGGGUGUCGUGCUGGCAGCCACUUCCAGGUUAGCACAGGCCGAUCCAGCCGCGUCCGGCAUGGACGCCAGCGACUCCAGCAUGGACACGACGACGAACGGAGUGACGGCUGCCGGUGGGGUGGUGGCGGGUGUCGGGACGAUCGCCUCAGUGGUCGCUGGAGCGGCGUCCUUGACCCUGGUCAAGGCCGAGGCACCGGAACACCUGGCCGGAACCUCGACGACGACCACGUCGGUCACUGGACCGGUCACCGCGGUCAGUAGCAUGUUCGCUGGCAUAGCCAGCGCCGCGAAAAACUCACGAUCCGACGACUGGUUGGCUACCAAUAGUCCCGGGUCACCAUCCGCCACGCUGCAGACCCAACACGUGGUAUACACGAAUCCCCAGCAACAACUGGCUGAGUCGCAGCAGCAACCCCCGUUGGCCCACUCCAGCCCGCUGGCCCAUCAGCAACAACAACCUGCCAGCAACAACGGUUACGCUAGCCCCAUGAGCACCAGCAGCUACGAUCCCUACAGUCCCAACAGUAAGAUAGGCAGGGACGAACUGUCGCAGCCUGGAUCCUUGAACGGGUAUGGAAGCAGCGGCGGAGGAGGUGGAGGAGGGGGCGGAGGAGGCGGGGCGGACGGUUGCGACGCCAGGAAGAAGAAGGGACCGACGCCUAGGCAACAGGAGGAACUCUGCCUGGUCUGCGGGGAUCGGGCGUCCGGUUAUCACUACAACGCCCUGACCUGCGAGGGCUGCAAGGGCUUCUUCCGGCGCAGCAUCACGAAGAACGCGGUCUAUCAAUGUAAAUACGGGAACAAUUGCGAGAUCGACAUGUAUAUGAGGCGUAAGUGCCAGGAAUGCAGGCUGAAGAAGUGUCUGACCGUCGGCAUGAGGCCGGAGUGCGUUGUGCCGGAAUACCAGUGCGCUGUGAAGCGCAAGGAGAAGAAGGCGCAGAAGAUAUUUCAAAUGCUUCAUUUGGCAUUGCAGGAGAAGGACAAACCGAACAGUACAACGAUGAACGGUUCGCCGGGCAGCGGGAUACGGCCCGAUCCAAUGGGCGUGAAGAUCGAGCCAGCGGAGGCCGAGGCCUUGUCCACGUCCGGCAGCAGCGGCAUCCUAACGCCGGUCAGCCCUUACGCCUACGUGAAGCCUAUCAGCCCCGAACAGGAGGAGCUGAUACACAGGCUCGUGUAUUUUCAGAAUGAGUACGAGCAACCCAGUGAAGAGGAUCUCAAAAGAAUCACAAAUCAGCCAUCGGAAGGAGAGGAUAUCAGUGAUUACAAGUUCAGGCAUCUGACCGAGAUCACGAUCUUGACGGUGCAGCUGAUCGUCGAGUUCUCGAAGAGGUUACCGGGCUUCGACGAGCUGCUGCGCGAGGAUCAGAUCGCACUGUUGAAGGCCUGCUCCAGCGAGGUGAUGAUGCUACGUAUGGCGAGAAAGUACGACGUACAGACGGACAGCAUAAUAUUCGCGAAUAAUCAGCCGUACACAAGGGACAGCUACAACGUGGCGGGUAUGGGCGACACGAUCGAGGAUCUGUUGCACUUCUGCCGGCAGAUGUACGCCAUGAAAGUGAACAACGCGGAGUACGCGUUGUUAACGGCCAUUGUUAUAUUCUCAGAGAGGCCAAACCUCCUGGAAGGUUGGAAGGUCGAGAAGAUCCAGGAGAUCUACCUAGAGGCAUUGAAGGCGUACGUGGACAAUCGUCGUAGGCCGAAGUCCGGCACGAUAUUCGCGAAACUGCUGUCCGUGCUGACGGAACUACGGACUCUCGGCAACCAGAACAGCGAGGUGUGCUUCAGUCUGAAGUUCAAGAACAAAAAGCUGCCAGUUUUCCUCGCCGAGAUCUGGGAUGUGACACCCUAGUUCCCCCGUAGCCGGUCACCGGCGCCCGCGGCGCCGAUCGGCUAAAAAUAAUCCAGUGUUUACGAGAAGAAAGAUAAAAAUGAAGACGAAAGAAUCAGCAGCAGUCCCCGUGCGACGUCGAAGACGACGCUGGAUCGCAGCGAGAGAAAACACUUGUACUAGAGUGCAUCAUCGUCCCCCCCAGCAGCAUGCCACUGCCGCCGCCCUCAGCGUCGCGAAUCGACCGAACGCCGUGGUUACUUUUUUUUUUUUUGUUUCUGAAGAGAUCCGCCGUGUGCAAGAUCCCAUUCUUGUAUUCGUGGUUUUUUUCUUAACCUGUAAAGACCACGAAGUGUGGCCUUCGAGCCCACCAGAUGGCGCGGAGAUAGUUCGCCAGAUGGCGCGGAGGUGGUAGCCCAAACCCGUGGAUGGGGGGGAACGGAGCUCGAGGAAUAAAAAAAAGAAAAAAAUGGAUGAAAAUAUAAUAAUGAUCGAAGGCAGUGGCGAGGCACCCAGGCUGUGAUACGUAGAGACAGUACAGAGACUGUAAUAAGGAGCUAUCUACAGUUAUGUUAUUACUAUAUCCUCUACCUGGCUACUCCCGGAAUCGAUAUGUAAAUGUCUUAAUUGUAUAAGGUACAGGUUUAAGGCAGGCGCGCGGCGUUGUUGUACCCGAGAGAGGAUGAUUCUAGCGAGAGAGUAGGUACGAAUGUAACCCCUGACGAGAUAAGGACGCAGGGGGAAGAGGUGCGAGAGAGAUUGAUUAGGGGAGUGAGUGUGUGAGAGAUAUUCGUGUGUGUGCGUGUAAUCAGGUGUGGUGUGUGGAUGAUAAAAAAAAAUAUAUACAUAUAUAUGAUUAUCGCCACUUGUAGCCGUGCCGGGGAAGAACAAGAAAAUGAAUAGGAGGUCCCGGGGGCCAGCUGUUGAGCAGCGACACACCCGGGGAUUUGGUGGUCGCCCGUGAAAACAAUAUUUCGUUCCGAAUUUGUGUGCGCGAAGUAACAGACAAAAUGAAGAAUAAAACAAAAAACGAUGAAUACGAUUAUACAUAAAUGAAAAUACCAUAGAGUCUAUAUCACAAAACACAUAGCAUAAUAAUAUAUUGCUAGCAUGUACAUUGUUUAUACGAGAAAUGGGGAAACGGGGGAUAGUGAGAGUGAGAGAGAGUGAGAUUGCUGAGAGAGAGAUGGUUUGCUGCGUUUAGUUUUUUGAGGGGUGAUCACGUCGAAUAUAUGAGCAAAGGAACUUAGAGUUUCCUUGAAGGGAAGGCGAUACACGAAGAUUGGUCGAAGACGACGAGGCUUUGGCAUUUGCGCGACGUCUUGGAGAUUUUCUUUUCUCGCGAGUCGCGUGCGACUGGAUGUGAAAAUGGGGAGAGAACGCGCGUGUGUGUGUGUGUGUUUGCAGGGCAAGAGAGAGAGAGAUGAAGGGAAUAACGUAGUAGCAGAAGAGUAAAAAAUCGUAGGAAGUAAGUAAGAAGUUAAGUAAGCGAGGCUAGUUUGGUAGUAGGCUGUAGUAAGUCAGUGAAGCUAGGCUAGGUGUGACCGAGAGUUCAAGUGCAAAGCCUUGUGCCUUCAGCAACGGACAUCGGCUCACCGACAAAACGAAAUCAUGAAAUUUAACCGUCCGUUUUAAUUUUUUAAUAAGAAGAAAAAAAAGAAGUGGAAAAACGAAAUCAACAAAAUCAAGUUAAGAAUGUCGCGUGAAUAUGUGGAAGAGCGAAAGAGAGAAAGAGAGAGAGUGGAUGAAAAACGUGGAGUAAAAUUAUUUAGACGGUGAAGAAGUGAAUGGGGUGAAAGCGAAAGAAGGAGAUCGAGUAAAUGAAGACGCAAAAUUGACAAGAGAGUAUGUAUGGGUGAGCAGGAACAAAGAUCUUAAACAUGGAGAAACACGGAACAGGGUCGCGAAGGAUGGGGUAGAACAGAGUUGGAAUUCGAUCCAAGGACAAUGAGAUCGGUUUGUUGGGGAUUCUAAGAUUCGUUGGAUCCCCAGGUGGCAUAAUAAGCUAGCAUAAAAAUAUCGUUGACAAAAAAUACUAAGGGAGCCGGAAAGAAAUUGCGAACAGUAGGCUGCUCCUUGAGAUAGAGACUCAAAACAGGAACGGAGAGUAUCGAAACACGUACAGACGCAAUUAUAAACGGCGCGCACAUCGGCAGAAGUGGACAACCGGAUAGAUACGAUCGACACGUACCUACAUACACUACACACACAUACAUACACGCCGUUACAGGUACAUGUACACUAAGAUUCUCGAUGUUGUAACACUGUAACUCUAUGCUAUUAACUGAUUAUACGUAGUAAAUACCAGUUGCAAAGUUAAACGAAAAAACAUACUAAGAAACGUAAAAAUUCGUGUAUAACAGAGUGAGAGAGGAGCUAAAGAAUGGAAUGACACGAAGAGAUGCAAAGCGAGGGAAGAAGAGGCAUGAGUUUCGAUGCAAAGAAACAGUCUAAUGUGAGCGCGUGAAAGCGGACAGAGCUGGAUAAUAGCGCGACAGUUCCAUACGUAGAACAGAGAAAAGGACUAACCAGUAACUUCGCAUAGGACGACUAGAAAAAAAAAAAACAUCAUCGUAUACACGUACUGUGUGUUUUACCAUUGUAAACAUUAUAUUUGUCACACACACACACGUUGAACGAGGCAAAUGAAUAUCAAGCCAGUGCACACAUCGGCGUCGUUAUAAGUGUGUGUAUAUGUCGUUUUUUGGACUUUCGUCCCCUAAGAAGGGACGGUCUCCCCGCGGUUCGGAUUAUCACCGUGCCACGCACGAAUCGCGACGACGGAACAAUCAUUUUAAAGCGCACCCUCCAAAUGCCUGGUUAUUAUGGCCUGGCUCGAACCUGGGCAAACGACACACCCGCCCUCGAGAUACCAAAACAAGAAGUACCGUGUACACUAGCUAAAACGCCGCAAGGCCGACACUGCCACACCGCAGAGUGUACAAGAGUGUACAAUUUUAACGAGACACAUGGAUUGUUCCUCCGAUACAUCAACGAGGGGAACCUCUUGACCAUCAUCUGGAGACGUUGUUGGGAAAGUUCAGUGUAAUCCGCGUUUUUUUUUUUUCUUACCUCUUCCGUCGUGGGCAUUUGGAUGCAGGCUUUUAGA